AUGUCAUUUACGUCGAUUCCCAUCUUGGACCUCUCUCUGGCGAGGAAUCCAGAGACCAAGCCGGACUUCUUAAAGGAGCUUCGCCAUGCGCUAAUGGAGGUCGGAUUCUUGUACCUGAAGAAUGUGGGGAUAUCAGAUGAGCUCUUUCAGCGCGUGGUUCGGCUAGGCAAGGCCUUUUUGAUAUUCCCGAGGAAGAAAACACCCGCUUCCGGCCCCGGGCUCCCCGUACACCAUAACCUUCUCGCGCCGAAUCAGUGGCCCUCGGAGGCGGCGAUUCCCGGGUUCCGCGAGUCCUUUACCGACUACAUGGAUCGCAUGGGCAAGAUCUCCAUUGAGUUCACGUCACUCAUCGCCGAGGCCAUCGAGCUCCCCGCCGGCGCCUUCGACAAGUAUUUCGACGCGGACCAGCAGCACAAGCUUAAAAUCGUAAAGUAUCCGGACCUCAAGGACCUCGGUUUGGAAGGGGAGGGCCAGGGCGUGGGUCCCCACAAGGAUAGCAUGCUGUCAAGCUACCUGCUGCAGGCGACGCAGCACCGCGGGCUGCAGGUGCAGAACGUGGAGGGCCGGUGGAUCGACUGCCCGCCCAUCGACGGGACCUUGGUGGUCGCCAUUGGGCAGGGCCUGAGGCGCUCACGCGCGGCCGCGUCGGCGUCGGCGAGGUUCCGGAUCAUGUGCGUCGGCAGCGAGCUGCUAUCCUUGCGCAGCAGGGGGUCGGUUAGACGAUGUGGAGUUCACGUUCCGGUCGGGAGGGGUGGCCAAGACGCUGGGGAGGCGACGUUGAGGAACCGGGUCAAGAGCCACCCGGACGUCGCGGAGAGGUGGUACCCGGACUUGCUACAGGAUGUCAUGGCUGAGCAGGCGAGGAUCAAGAGCGCCAGGAAGGAGGUGCACAAGGCAGUGGCUGCCCCAGCACCAGCGGCGGUGGUUACUCACUAA